AGUGCACAAGGAAGAACGUGGACAUGUUUACAAACAGAAAGUUUGUAACCAAAAUAAAUUUAAGUUUGAAAGCUCCCUUCACUGAAUUUGCUUGUUAGGUAAGAAAAUUUGUUUCAGUAUUAUCGAAUGAGCUGUUCACAUACCGAAAGUUUUUCACCAGCAGUUACAGUCUGUUAGAUAUGAGAAUUGUAUACUAAGUUAAGUUAGCUAGGUGGCUAAGCAGUAUAACAUAGUAAACCGUUUCUACCGAAAUCACCGAAACUGUCGGGCCAGCCUUUAUUACUUGGCAUCGAGACCACGUUUUAAAGUCAUUUCACAAGUUUAAAUUCGGGAUGUCUAGCCAGCUAAGUAAGCUAAGCGAAUAAUUUGGUGGUUAAACCAUCAAAACAGCUGGACCAAGGUCACCCGUUUUAGACACGUUCGCAAAACUUCGAGGACCUUAAGAACUUGUUGGAUUAGCGAAAGUCUUUUGUCGACACUGUCCUUUGAUGGGUUUUAAUGCCACUACGACAGGUGCUGAUAACUUCAGCAGCUUUAAACACUUUUGACAACUACAGUAGUCGGGGUUUUGCUUAUUUGAACACUAAUCCGUGUCAAGGCGCGUAAAUGUAAAAACAGCACGUUGAACUAGCUUUUCGCAGUUAACUUUCAUUCUCGAAGCAUUACAGCUAGCUGAUUUAAGAGAAACUGGACUUUUGUCAAGUUUCCCUAGAAUUUUCCCCACAUUUCUCUCUCCAUCUUCACUUCUACGCGGUGGAAUUACGGUGUGUGUUGGUGGAAUAUUCGUGUGUGAACCUGUAACCUGUUUCAGAGAAGUCAGUUGUCAAAUACUAUGACGGAUGAAGCGGGCAAACUGACGCUUCGGCGUCUGGAAGCCCCCAUCCAAAAAUUCCUCAAAGUGGUGGUCCCGACUGACCUGGAACGCCUCCGUCAGCACCAACACAACAUAGAGAAGUUCCAGAGAGGCGCAGAGUGGGAAAAGUUACACCAGGAGCACAUCAACGCGAGCCGCACUGUGCAGCAGUUGCGUUCGAACCUGCGGGAGAUGGAUAAGUUGUGCGGGCAUGUCCGCAGUGCUGAUGCCACAGCACUGCAGAAACUUGUCCAGCCAAUCCAAGAUCGCGCCUCGGCCGCUGCUCAGAACUUCCUGCAGCUCCACUCCAGCUCUGUCAAUCAUCCAGGGCCACGCCCACAGCAGACAAUCAGCACAAACACACAGAGUGCCUCUGACACACCAAACAGUGAUGGUGAGGUAGGCGGGGCUAGGAUGCCUGUCACUCAAAGUCAGCUUUUCCUACCUGCAAUCCCACCUGACCAAAAUGCUGCAGAGUCUUGGGACUCUCUAGAGGAGGACCUACUGCAGUUGAAUGGUUUAGUAAAUGAGUUUUCCUCUCUCGUGCAUGCUCAGCAGGACAAGAUUGACAGCAUUGAGGCGAACGUUAGCAUAGCGGCGGCUAAUGUGGAGGAGGGGACCCGGAGCCUGGGGAAGACGGCACAGGCCAGCCUGUUGGUGCUGCCUGUGGCAGGCGCCGUGGUGGGCACUGUGCUCGGGGGUCCGCUGGGCCUGCUCGCCGGCUACAAGGUGGCCGGCCUCGCUGCGGCCCUCGGGGGGGCCCUGCUAGGCUUCACCGGGGGCAACCUGAUCCAGCGCAGGAAGAGAGAGAGAGUGGAACACCAGCUCCUACAGCUCCAGGACACUGACCACGGACAUGAACCAACCCAAUAACACACAGCACUGCAUCAAGUCUUGCAUAGACUUUCCCCAUUUCUUAGUCCUUAAUACCGCCUUAAAGAGUCAACCAAUUUUACACCAAGACACAAAUCGCCUUUUGUCUGCACUCUGGGACUGGCCGGCCGUUCUAGCACACACACGGUUUUGGCACGGCUGCAGCAAUGCAACCUUUGGUCAAGCCGCGUAAUAUCGAUCGCAGGUCCAGGCCAGCACGCCAUCCUGUGUCUCCGUCUUGCACGGUCUGCCAAAUCAAACACUAAAGAGAGUAACACUUUUGCUUUCGCUUUGGUGAGCGACUUGGAGCACGGUGCCAGUCUCCGCUUUUCUAGGGGAGCGGGGUUCUUCUCGUGCAUCAGAUGUGUGUCUGAUCGCGCACACGGUAAGCCUUUUUUUAAUGUAGAGGCUGCUAAGUUUAGGGUUAAGGCUUCAUCAUAGAGGUCAGGGAACCUGUACGUGACCUCUGUCCAUGCUGCUCAUCAAUUAUGAAUGUAAAAUAGUUGCCAAGUGAAACCUGGUGGUGGUAAAUUCUCUCUGAUGGCUAGAGGAUAUGUUGCAAUUGCACAUUUCAGAGUAUCAAUUUAUUAUUAACACUUUUUUUUUUUUUCACUUUUAAACAUCUGUUAACUGCCUGUGACGUGACCUCUGUAAGUCGUCUCCUUGCUAUUGUACUGACCUGUCAGAUGUCCAGACGGCCACGCCCCAAUGCCAAAUUUGCCUUAAGUUUUCUAAAGGGUAUUUUUUUUUUGUUUGUUUGUUUGCAAACGGUUUUGCUCAUGUUUUCAGCAACAGUGUGGCCAUCCCCUGGAGCCAGGCGCUUCGUGCUUGUUUAAGUUUUUAAUGCAGCCUCUCUUCCACAGGCCAUAGCGAAGGCAAGCCUAAUGCGGAAAUCAAUUCACCGUGGGGCUUCCUCGCGCGCAAACAAGAUUUAAAUGUUAUUUGAUCCAAGUCCUGUAGGAGACACGCGGAAGCCCAACAAUAACCUUUUGUGCUGCAUCGAUUGCUGUUUUGGGCCUCGAUGGCUGAGAGUGAGAAAUAAAUAAAUGAUGGCUUAUUGCUCAACACUG